CUGGGGGAAUCAGAAUGGCGGAUAAUCGUGACACCCUUUCCACGUAGUGUUUAUAGAGUUCAUCUUCUUCUUGGGGUAACACCAGCCCCCUCCAGGUUUGAAGAUUCCUGCAGAUAGUUGACUCAGUCUGUCUCAGUGUCUGUGUGUAGCUGAGUUCGAGUGCAGCGUGUAUACUACAAACGUAUUUAAAAGGUGCAAGUAGAGAACGGUUGGAAUAGAAGAGUUUGAAAUCAAGUUUCCAUCGACUCAUAUGUAAAUAUGGUCGACCAUACCAGGGAGUCUGAAUUUGGUUUUCAUCAGUCGGCCUGUCCUGCUGAAGAAAGGCUUACAGCUCUCAUCGCUUGCAAGGAUAUGGAGAAGGAGAAUAAGAUGUAUGACGAGUGGGCUUUCUACUAUGACGAGGACAUGAAAGCUCUUGGUUUUCAAGGAUACGGAGUCAUGGGUAAAAGGAUUUCCGAGCUUAUUGGCAACAAGAAUGCCAAGAUCUUAGACAUCGGAUGCGGUACCGGGCUCUUUGGGAUGGAGCUUCACUCACUUGGAUACAACAAUAUUCACGCUGCAGACGGAAAUCCCAAUAUCUUGGAGAAAAGUCGUGAGAGAGGGGUCUAUACAGAACUUAAACAGUUCAUGUUGGGCUCUAACCUCAUUGCACCUUACGAAGACGGUGCAUUUGAUGCAGUGGUAGCUAUCGCCGUUUUGGGACCAGGGGCAGUGGAUCACACUGCAAUGCCGGAGAUAAGCCGACUGGUUGCGACAGGUGGAUAUUUGAUCCUGUUUAUACGGAAGUCAAGGCUAGAGAUGGAGACAGAACGCUUCAACGUCAAAGCAGUGUUCGAAGAGUGGGUCGCGAGUGGAAAAUGGGAGAGACUUAGUGAUAUCAGCUCGGUUUACUACGCAGGUACUGACGGGGUGGACAAUGAUGACCGUGUGGUGGAGCGUGAUGGCUUCAUCGUUACCCUGCGAAAGUUAAUCAAUUGAAAAUCGUACCAGUGGCGUUUAUCCAGCGUAGAAUUGGGGGGGGGGGGGGG